AUGUCCGAUUUGACUACUGAGAGUUUUUUAGCUUGUCUUAGGAGAUUCAUAGCUAAGCGGUCAAAACCCUCAAUCAUAUGGAGUGAUAAUGCCACUAAUUUUAAGGGCGCAAAAAAUAUUUUGGAUUCCCUGCUAAAAGCAUGCAAAUCGGAUUCAGUGCAAAGAUUUUGUGCCAAGGAAGGUAUAGUAUGGAACUUCAUACCUCCAGCAUCUCCUCACUUCGGUGGAUUAUGGGAGGCCAAUAUUGGAGCUAUGAAACGGAUCUUGUUGAAGGUGACUAAAUCAACAGUGUUGACUUUUGACGAGCUUACUACGCUGGUGACACAGAUUGAAGCAGUUUUGAGUUCAAUACAACUGUGUCCUCUUUCUGCCGAUCCAGCUGAUCUUCAACCUUUUACACCUGGCCAUUUUUUGGUGGGAGCACCACUGUUGUCAAUACCAGAACCCAGUGAUUCACUGACUAACAUUUCUUUAUCUUCUAGAUGGUCUCUCAUCCAGUCUCUUAGAUCCAAAUUUUGGAAAAGAUGGAGUCAAGAAUAUCUCAACUCUUUGCAGUCUCGAGCUAAAUGGAAACUACCUCAGUUGAACAUCAAACCCGGACAGCUGGUACUCCUGAAGGAUAAUAGCAAAAGCCCGAUGGAAUGGAACUUGGUCCGAAUUGAAAGGACAUAUCCUGGAGCAGAUGGAAUAGUCCGUGUCACAGACAUCAGAACCCCUAAAGGAAUUUUUCGGCGAAGUGUCAACAGACUGUCCACUCCCUUUUGA